AUGCCAAUUACUGGAAAAACGAUACCCCAUUCGCGCCAACCUUUGUAUUUCAAGUCACUAAAGGAGCUCGACAACUGGUCAGCGGGUGGUGCAUCUAAUCGUUAUGAUGGAAUUGUAAAGUACCAAUCACGACGGCCGGGUGUCGAAUCCCUAAACAGAGGGAAACUUUUGGUUUGCCAUGAUUACAAGGGUGGCUACACUGAGAGCCCUUUUGCGCGAUCUUACACCUUUAACUUUUGGCCUACUUGCGAUACGUUUAUUUACUUUUCACAUCAUCGGGUGACGAUUCCACCCCCUGGAUGGAUAUCCGCAGCGCACAGGCAAGGCGUCAAGAUGUUAGGAACAUUGAUAUUUGAGGGAGGCGGAGAAGAAGACUGCCUUCGAUUGCUGGUCGGUAAAAUGCCAACUUCGAAGACAGGACAGGUUGGGCAGUCAGCGACCUGCUUGACUUUGCCUUUAUCACCACAUUAUGCCAGAGUUUUAGCCGAUCUGGCACGAGAACGUGGAUUUGAUGGAUAUCUUCUCAAUUUCGAGUGCCCAUUAGCUGGUGGCGUUGAACAAACUCGUGCUUUGGCGGCUUGGAUUACAUUGUUGCAUUCAGAGAUUCUCGAGAAAGUUGGUCCUCAUGGUGAAACUCUUUGGUACGACAGCGUGGUCAUCAAUGGCAGACUUGCAUGGCAAGACCGCUUGAAUAGCUACAAUCUUCCGUUUUUCCUGUCAUCGAGUGGAUUUUUCUCCAACUACACAUGGCGACCAAAUUAUCCCGCACUUACAGCGCAAUAUUUCCUCAGCUUGGACCCGGCACUCGUCGGAAACACCGCAGAAUCAUACUCUCACCGCACAUCAAAAACUGUACGAGACAUAUAUAUCGGAGUUGAUGUAUGGGGUCGUGGUCAACAUGGAGGUGGUGGUUUAGGAUGCUACAAAGCGAUCAGCCACAUAUCACCGGAAACCCUCGGGCUGAGCGUCGCUCUGUUCGGACAAGCUUGGACAUGGGAGAGCGAACAAGAUAAGCCUGGAUGGACCUGGGACAGCUGGUGGGAGUACGAGAGUAAACUAUGGGUUGGACCAGUUGAUGGGCGCGUUGAAGUUCCGGAAGCGCCACGCAGACAAGGCGAACCGGACUGCUUGCACGGCCCGUUCGUGCCUCUCUCAUCUUUUUUCCAGCAACUCCCGCCGCCUGAUCCUUCCCAAAUACGCUUCCACACCACAUUCUGUCCCGGGACUGGCCUCGCAUGGUUUGUCGACGGCAAAAAUGUGUACACCAGCCCCGGUGGCUGGACGGACGUCGACAAGCAAACAAGCGUUGGUGAUAUGCUUUGGCCGCGCCCGAAACUCUUCUGGGAAGACGAGAGAGAAGAUGUUAUACCGAAUGUACUUUCGGCCUUUUGCAUGGACGACGCGUGGAACGGGGGUAACUCGAUCAGAAUCAAGAUCUUUGCUCCCGGUUCGAAUGAUGAACUUGCAGCAUAUAGACCACUGUGGCUUCCUAUUCAAUCUCUCAGCAUAGCACCGAGGAAACCUUACAAGGCAAGCUUGAUCUACAAGGUUGACGACGACCCGGCGUCAGGAUUGGAGAUCGAAUUUGCUUUGGCGGUUAGAACGCUGUCAGGCUCUACGGAUGAUUUUGUUUGCAACAUUGUUUCGGCAACGACGGAGGAGCUUUCGGAAGGUUGGAACAAGUUGUCGAUUGAAUUCAAUACUUCGACAAGUGAUGAGGUGUCUUCGCCUCCGUCUCAUGUCGUCAUUGGCCUUGUAGUUGCAAUGCUUACAGAGGAGCCAUCAGAACCCGUAAAAUUAUCGAUCCUCCUUGGUCAACUCAACGCCUCGCCUAGCCUUCCACAAUCUUAUUCAGAAGAAGACCCUGUUAUACUCUGGGCGGACUUUACACCGACCCCUUCAACAUCUGAAGAUGUUACCCCGGCGAGAUUCUCUGGUACUUUGACUUGGGAGGUAGCAGCGUGCUUCCCACCUCUGACGUCACUGAACAUCACCACACCGGAAGACCCGAUAUCAGCAUGGAACACGCAGCCCACCAUCAACUGGUUCCCUUCUUAUAUAUACUUCAACAUAUACGCACUGCCCUUCACGGACCAGUGGAACGUUGGCCCAGUCGAGCAGGCCGUGUGGAUUGGAACGUCCGGCUGGGAUGGCCAGAAGAACGGCUUCGACGUGCUCCCAGAAAACUUGCCUAUGAGCGUUCCUGCGGACAAUAUCAAAAUUCGUUUCUUUGUCCAGGGCGUGAACGACCGCGGGGAGGUUCUCAAGUGGGGAAAAUGCGCAUUUAUUGACGUGUCUGCGUAA